AUGUCGCGUCUUUCUCUAUUAUUUUUUCUUCAGACAAAAUUACGAGAGAAUGUUGGAACAGAGCUACUAUCACAAACGACAAGCGUCUUGUUGCUGGUCGUUCUGGCGUUGGUCUCACUGUGGUGGUUGUUAACCCGACGGCCAUCAGGAGUACCUACAGGACCAGGAUUUGCUCUUCCGGUGCUGGGUCAUCUGCAUCUUCUGUUGGGGUCAGAUCCUCGUCAAACGUUUGCUAAAUGGCGACGACAGUACGGUGAUGUGUUCAGUCUGUACAUGGGCAGCCAACUGGUGGUGGUGCUCAACGGCUACAGGAUCAUCAAAGAUGUGUUGGUCAAACAAGCCGACUCCUUCUCCGACAGACCUCGCUUUCCGCUCGCAAAAAGUCUUAAAAGCGAAGGUAUUCUCGACAGCUCUGGUCCUGUCUGGAAAGCUCAGCGAAAGACAGCCUUAGAGAUCUUGCGAGAGUUUGGCAUGGGUAAGAACAUCUUGGCUGAAAAGAUCCAGGAGGAGGUGGAAGAGUAUAUCAAAGCCAUGGCAGAGAAGAAAGGUCAACCCCAUGACCUGGCCCGAAUGACACAGGUCAGUGUGUCCAACAACAUCUGCUCCAUCGUCUUUGGCAAACGUUUUGAGUACGAGGACCCUGUCUUCAAGCGCUAUGUGCAAGCUAUCGACGAGAACAUUAAAGGAGGGACAUUAUCAUCCCUCACGCAAACGUUUCCCCUCUUGCGAUUUGUUCCUGGGGAUUUGUUUGGUGUGAGGAAAUUGUUUGAAAAUGCGGCUAUGAUUCUGAACACGCUCGUCAAACCGUUCAUUGACAGCCAUAUGGAAGACUACAAUGAGAAUUCUGUGGACGAUUUCAUCAGCGCCUAUCUGAGGGAGAUGGAAAAAGUAAAAGAAAGCCAACGGCUAAAUUUAUCAAUGGUAUGUAAUGAUGUUAAAUUUUUAAAAGAUAUUUUUCACAAUUAUCUUUGUGAGGUGUUAGACAAGUGUUACGAGGAGAUCCACAGAGUUAUCGGGACUGAGCGAGCGCCUAACAUGCGCGACAAACCCGAGCUGGUCUACCUGGAGGCCACCAUCUUGGAGGUUAUGCGAUACGGGUGCAUCGUACCCAUUGUAGGACGAGCUGCCUCGUGUGACAACCAAUUGGAAGGAUACACGAUCCCAAAAAACACAGUCAUUCUCUCUAAUCUGCAUUCUGUCCUGUACGCACCGGAGGUGUGGGGGGAUCCUGAGAACUUCCGUCCGGAGAGGUUCAUCGGACAAGACGGCAAGGUUAUACGCUUUGAGGAGCUGAUUCCAUUCUCCAUGGGCCGGCGAGUGUGUCUGGGGGAAUCGUUGGCGAGGAUGGAGCUGUUCCUGUACCUGGCCGCCAUGAUACAGCGCUUCCGCUUCCUGCCACCGGAAACUGGUGAACUGCCAUCUUUGCAAGGAAUUCUUGGCAUUGUGGAUGUUCCAAAACGUUACAUGGUGCGCGCUGUCCUCAGAAACUUGGCCGUCAUCAGGCAAAGUUAUGAUUCUUCCGACACCAACGGCGAUGGAGUUGUGGAGCUGUCAGAAGUGAGAUCCUUUUUCACCAGAGAAGACGCUAAUGGGGAUGGAUAUAUUACCUUCCAAGAGUACAGUGAUGCCAGACCCCCGGAGACACCCCAAGAAAAUCUGCACAAGUUGUUCCAAUACUAUGACAAACUGGACGGCUCGUUGGACGGGAAGGUGUCUGUGUCUGUUGUUCUCGUCAUUUUCAAACGCAUGGACACUAACAGAGUGAUGAAUGGUGAAAGGUGGUUGAUGGUGGUAGAGCAGACAAAGAAUCGAGGACAAAAUUACGAGAGAAUGUUGGGAACAGAGCUACUAUCACAAACGACAAGCGUCUUGUUGCUGGUCGUUGUGGCGUUGGUCUCACUGUGGUGGUUGUUAACCCGGCGGCCAUCAGGAGUGCCUACAGGACCAGGAUUUGCUCUUCCGGUGCUGGGUCAUCUGCAUCUUCUGUGGGGGUCAGAUCCUCGUCAAACGUUUGCUAAAUGGCGACGAAAGUACGGUGAUGUGUUCAGUCUGUACAUGGGCAGCCAACUGGUGGUGGUGCUCAACGGCUACAGGAUCCUCAAAGAUGUGUUGGUCAAACAAGCCGACUCCUUCUCCGACAGACCUCGCCUUACGCUCGCAAAAAGUCUUAAAAGCGAAGGUAUUCUCGACAGCUCAGGUCCUGUCUGGAAAGCUCAGCGAAAGACAGCCUUAGAGAUCUUGCGAGAGUUUGGCAUGGGCAAGAACAUCUUGGCUGAAAAGAUCCAGGAGGAGGUGGAAGAGUAUAUCAAAGCCAUGGCAGAGAAGAAAGGUCAACCCCAUGACCUGGCCCGAAUGACACAGGUCAGUGUGUCCAACAACAUCUGCUCCAUCGUCUUUGGCAAACGUUUUGAGUACGAGGACCCUGUCUUCAAGCGCUAUGUGCAAGCUAUCGACGAGAACGUUAAAGGAGGGACAUUAUCAUCUCUCACGCAAACGUUUCCCCUCUUGCGGUUUGUUCCUGGGGAUUUGUUUGGUGUGAGGAAAUUGUUUGAAAAUGCUGCUAUGGUUCUGAACACGCUCGUCAAACCGUUCAUUGACAGCCAUAUGGAAGACUACAAUGAGAAUUCUGUGGACGAUUUCAUCAGCGCCUAUCUGAGGGAGGUGGAAAAAGUAAAAGCGGAGCCAACGGCUAAAUUUAUCAAUGAGGUAAACUUGAGGAAAGUUGUUUUCGACUUGUUCGCGGCGGGAACCGAGACAACAUCGACAUCCAUCCGCUGGACCAUCGCCUACUUCCUUCACCACCCUGAUGUGCAGGAAAAGUGUUACGAGGAGAUCCACAGAGUUGUUGGAACUGAACGAGCGCCUAACAUGCGCGACAAACCCGAGCUGGUCUACCUGGAGGCCACCAUCUUGGAAGUUAUGCGAUACGGGUGCAUCGUACCCAUUGUAGGACGAGCUGCCUCGUGUGACAACCAAUUGGAAGGAUACACGAUCCCAAAGAAUACAGUCAUUCUCUCUAAUCUGCAUUCUGUCCUGUACGCACCGGAGGUGUGGGGGGAUCCUGAGAACUUCCGUCCGGAGAGGUUCAUCGGACAAGACGGCAAGGUUAUACGCUUUGAGGAGCUGAUUCCAUUCUCCAUGGGCCGGCGUGUGUGUCUGGGGGAAUCGUUGGCGAGGAUGGAGCUGUUCCUGUACCUGGCCGCCAUGAUACAGCGCUUCCGAUUCCUGCCACCGGAAACUGGAGAACUGCCAUCUUUGCAAGGAAUUCUUGGCAUUGUGGAUGUUCCAAAGCGUUACAUGGUGCGCGCUGUCCUCAGAAAGUGAUAAAAUAUCUCCGGAAACACACAGAGACAAUCGCUGAUGAUAUUUGUUUGGAAUGUUAGAGGUUUGAGUAGGGGGGAAACAAGAUAUUUUAAUGAGAGAUUCACAAUAUUUAACAUCAUGUCUUAAGUAUGGACAUUCUACUUACUAUGAAGUACUUGAUAUCUGUUGUUCUAGUUGGUACAAGUUGCUUAUGAAUGAAAACAUCUUAUUAUUUACACAUAAAUAAUAGGAUGAAACUAAGUUGGUGCAUAUUUCACUAUUACAAAACUUCUCUACAUUUAGCUAAUGUCUAAUAAUUAGUAUACAAUUAAUAUACAGAUGCAAUGCCUUAAUAUACACAGAUUGAUAAUAUACAGAGAUAUAUAGAUAUAGACCUAUUUAUUACAGUCUGCUGAAUUAUAUGUUUACGCUGCAAUAUAAUGGUGAUAACAGUUGGCAUAAAUGUGUAUUCUACAUAUUUAGAGGUCGUAAUCCCGGCAUUUCACAACUAAUAUAGGCAUUAUAAUUUUUAAUUUUUGAAGGCCUUUGCUAUAAGUCUGGCUAGCGUAAUUUUAGUUCUGUCAUAUUUACAAGAAAGAUAUUCACCAAAAGUUGUCCUCUGGCGGUAGGAAACAAUUAGAUGAUAAAUUUCAUUGCUUUUUUUUCAUCUACAUAUGUGGGUAUUUGAGGAGAAAAUGGUAUUCGUCUUCAUCAUCUCAUUUACACGAAGGGCAGGUCUCGUGUUGGUUAUCAUUUAGAAACCAUAUUUUCUGGUUGCUUAGUCCGCAUACUGAACCUAGCAAGCACCAUCUUAUGCCAUCUAUUUGUAACAAUUCUAACACUUGUUUGCUCAACUACACUUUUAAAUUCUCGAUACCAAGCGUAUUUUCUAUUUCGAAUGAUGAAUGCAAGUUUUGUAUAAAAUAGAUGCAGUUACUAAUCAUACCCAUUCCAAAGAAACAGCAAAAAGUGCCAGAACUACGGAAAAAUGAUGCUGAAAUCAAUCUAGAAUCAGCAUCAUCGCUGAGAAACUGCUAGAAAAAAACAGGCUGGCUUCAGAAGAGGCCGAAACUCAGUUGAACAGUUAAUGUACAUGUAUUAAAAAAUUCCAAAUCCUCCGGAAAAAAAUCUUUUAUCUAUUUAGUGUACGUGUAUUUCAAAUAAAAGCGUGUUUGACUUUU